UCUCCUGUGGCCAGGACACUAGUGGUGAUAAAAUGUGGGGAAAAGGCUGUUUCUUGGGUGCCCUUCUGCUGACAGUGGCCUGGGCUGCCCCGCAGGGAAACCAUGAUCAACAUCUCCACCAUGGUAAGGAUGAACCUCACCCCAGCCAUGAAGGAGAAGAUGAUUUAUGCCACAGACUCUCCCCCCACAACGCCGACUUCGCCUUCUCCCUCUACAAGAAGCUCUCCACCCACCCUGAAGCCAAAGGCAAAAACAUCUUCUUCUCUCCACUGAGCAUCUCCAUGGCUCUGUCCAUGCUGGCUCUGGGGGCUAAAGGUAACACCCACUCUCAGAUCUUCAGCACCCUGGGCUACAGCACCCUCACUCCUGAUCAGGUCAAUGAAGGUUACGAGCACCUGCUCCACAUGUUGGGACACAGCCAAGAGGCCAUGCUGCUAGAGGCAGGAAGUGCUGUGGCUGUCCGAGAAGGCUUUAAGCCCGUUGACAAGUUUCUGAAAGAUGCUCAGCAUUUCUACCAAGGAGAGGCCUUCACUGUGGACUACUCCAAACCUGAAGUUGCUGUGCAAGAAAUCAACAAGUACAUCGCCAAAAAGACCAAAGACAUGAUCACUGACAUGGUCAAGACCCUGGACCAGCAGACUGUGAUGAUGCUCAUCAACUACAUCUAUUUCAGAGGUAAGUGGGAAAAACCUUUUGAAGUUGAGCACACACACAAAGCUGACUUCAACGUAGAUGAAAACACCAAAGUGUCUGUGGACAUGAUGAAGAGAACCGGCCGAUAUGACUUCUACCAUGACAGAGAAAACUCUACCUCCAUCAUUAUGGUGCCCUACAAAGGCAACACCUCCAUGAUGAUCGUUCUUCCAGAAGAGGGAAAGAUGGAAGAGCUGGAGAAACACAUCUGCAAGGGCCAUCUCAGGAACUGGCAUGGGAAACUCUUCAGAAGCUCUGUGGAUCUGUUCUUGCCCAAGUUCUCCAUCUCUGCAUCCUCCUGUCUUGUGGAGACUCUGAAGGAGAUGGGAAUGGUUGAUGCAUUCUCAGACACUGCAGAUUUCUCUGGGAUCAGUGAGGAGACCAAACUGAAGGCAUCCAAGGUCCUUCAUCAGGCAGUACUUAAGGUUGAUGAAAAGGGCACUGAAGCAGCUGCUGUCACCACCAUAGAGAUCAUGCCCAUGUCUCUGCCAGACACCAUGAUCCUUAACAGACCCUUCCUGGUGUUCAUUGUGGAGGACAGCACUAAGAGCAUCCUCUUUAUGGGCAAGAUAUCCAAUCCUGCUGCAUAGAGACAACUUUAUCAACCCUAUACCCCCAAGCAGUAUUAAGACUUAUUACAUCAAGUCUUUAAAAAAGAUCAAUUCAGAUAUUUUUCUUUUUUUAACCUGUACAUUACUGUCAAUGUUGUUUUUGUUGGCAAAUUGCAUAAUAAAAAAACACAUCCAAUGAAAUAA